AUGAAUGCAGAUCAGUUCAAUCAAUUCCUUACCAUCUUUCAAGAACAACAAAGACAACAGCAAGAAAACCAGAACAAGUUUAUUAAAGAAGUAUUAGAAACUGUCUUAAAACAGAAUGAUCAACAGACUGAGAUACCUCGGGUCAACUACUCAAAUGUGGCUCCUUUUGAAAACUAUGAUCCAAAGAAAGAAAAAUUUACAUGUUACCUAGAACGUUUUGAAAACUAUUACACCAUGAAAGGCCUAACAGACUCAACUAAGAUUGGACAGCUACUGUGCAUCUCUAUCGGCAGUGAUCAUUAUAACAAUCUUAAUUCUUUUCUAGGCCCCGAGAAACAAUUGAAAAGUCUCAACUAUGAUGAGCUUAUCACAGCAUUCAAGCAGUUAUUGAUUCCUAAGAAGAACGUUGUAGUAUCUCAACACUAUUUUCUAAAUGUAUUUCAAAAAGAACACCAAUCAAUAACAGAAUUCGUGGCUUCCCUACAACGUGAUAUUGCUGAGUGUGAAUUUUCUGUCAAGUGUUCAUGUGACCAGACAGUUUCAAUUGCCGAAGUUUUCCUGAGAGCCCAGUUUAUUCGAGGUUUGCGAGAUGACUGGCUACGAGAACAAAUUCUACAGUCAACUGAAACUACUUUUGAAGGAAUCCUUACCAGAGCAAUUGCCCUCGAAGCAUCAAAAAUUGAAUCCAGGGAACUGUCUAAACGUUCACAUUCAAGUAAUGCAAAUUUCAAUAUAUGUGACGAUGUGAAUAAAGUUUCACAUAAAGCAAGGAAAUCUCAAUUCCAAACCGGUAAUCGACCUUCCAGACAGCAACAGGGUCACUCCUCACACUCUCGAAAACGUCCAGAUCUGAAAUCUCUUGGAAUUGGUAAUCUUUGCUUCAGGUGUGGAAAAGACAAUCACCAAGCAUCCGAGUGCCGCACCGACAAAUCUAAGCUCAAGUGCAACAAAUGUAACAAGCAAGGACACAUAUCUAAAGUGUGCAUUUCGACCCUUAUCGCAGAACAGAAGAAAAUCAAUUCUCCCAGUGCAGCCAACUACAUCCAGUGCUGUUCUCCUACAGAGUCUACAUCGAAAUUUUCUGAUUACGGACUAAAUAAAGUAACUAAUGUCAAUUCAAGCCCGAAGUUACUAGAUCUGUUUGAAGUAAAUAACGAUUCAGACAAAUACAUGAUCACAGUUAAUCUCAAUGGUAAACCACAACAAUUCGAAGUAGACACAGGAGCAAAAUUCUCACUUCUAGCUAAAAAUGAUUUCGACAAACUCAAAUUGGACAUUCCAUUGGAAACAACUAACAUUGCUUUCAGAACUUACUCAGGUAAUAUUAUCAAACCUGAAGGGAAAGUGAAAAUAAAUGUUACUUACUGUGGACGUUGCGUCAAAGAGGAACUCCACAUUGUUCCAACAGGACACGAAGCACUCUUGGGACGUCAAUGGAUAAGAGCCCUAGGAAUCGAACUGAACAAAUUGAAUGAAGACACAAAUCAAAGCACUCAAAUUUCCCAAAUCAAAAGAAUCCAGUCUCCUGAAGAAAUCUUUCAGUCUUUUUCCAACAUUUUUGAAGAGAAAAUUGGAUGCGUUCCAGACUUCAAAGUGUCAUUACAGCUUCGAAAUGGUGCAAAACCUAUUUUUGUUAAGGAACGAAAUGUCCCACAUGCUUUAACCGACCGAGUGAACAAGGAAUUGGACACACUGGAAAAUGAAGGGAUCAUUUCACCUGUAGAGGCCAGCGAUUGGGGAUCGCCACUGGUUGUCAUUCCUAAACCAGACGGUGGUGUCCGCCUCUGCGUCGAUUACAAAUGCGGUGUCAACGAGCGUCUAAUUCAAGCAAAUCAUCCUAUAAGGCGUAUUGAUGAUGUUAUUGACAGUUUGCGCAAUUCAAAAUACUUUUGCAAACUUGACCUCUACAAAGCCUAUUUACAUCUCCAGGUGGAUGAAGAAUCUAGCAUGAUACAGACAAUGACGACUCACAGAGGUACUUAUAGAGUACAUAGACUCAGUUUUGGCAUCAAAACUGCACCAUCAGAAUUCAACCGCAUACUCUCUCAGAUCUUAAAGGGGUUACGUACGACAGAAGCAUAUUUUGAUGACAUUAUUGUGCAUGGUUCGACCAUUGAAGAAUGCAGUGAAAAUUUACAAGCCUGUCUACAGAGACUCUCUGAUUACAAUUUACAUGUCAACAGAAACAAAUGCUCAUUUUUUCAAGAAAAAAUUGAGUAUUUAGGACGAGUCGUAGAGUUCAACAAAAUUAGUAAAUCUCCAACGAAAAUUCUAGCAGUCCAACAGAUGCCUCGCCCGUCCAAUACUGAAGAGGUCAAACGUCUACUCGGACUUGUGUCGUACUACUCACGUUUCAUCCCUGAUGCUUCAACUAUCACAUAUCCUCUGCGACGUCUGUUACAGAAAAAUAUGAAAUGGGAAUGGAAUUCAUCCUGUGAAGCAGCAUUUUUACAAAUCAAAUCAGAGCUCUGCAGUGAUCGAGUUCUCGUACCAUUCGAUCCGGCUCUCCCUCUAGUACUAACUACAGACGCCAGCCCUACAGGACUUGCAGCCGUGCUUAGUCAUGUCACAGAAGGAGAAGAAAAGCCCAUUGCAUAUGGUUCUCGUUCUCUUACAGUUUCUGAAAGAAAUUACAGUCAAUUAGACCGUGAAAGCCUCGCUAUUAUUUUUGGCGUGUCACAUUUCUACUAUUACCUUUUUGGGACUCACUUCACACUAGUAACUGACAAUGCACCCAUUUCACGGAUUUUCCAGCACAACAAAGCACUCCCUCAAAUGACAUCAGGACGUUUACUCCGAUAUGCAUCUUACUUAUCCGGGUUCAACUACACAUUAAAAUUCAAACCUGGCAAGGAAAAUGAAAAUGUUGACUGCCUCUCAAGAGCUCCACUUCAGCAAGUAAAUUCGACUGUUGAUGAAAUCAUUGCCAAUGAAGUCAACCAAGUAUACGAACAAAUGAUUUUCGAGAUGUCAGAUGAACACAUAACCGCUUCAACAAUAAGGAGUGAAACAGAAAAGGAUCCAGACUUAUCAAGAAUUGUAAAAGAUCUAAAAAACAAGUCUGAUGAAACAGAAUAUACAUUGGUUGACGGGAUUUUAUUUCGCCAAGAUUGUGUAAUUAUUCCAAGAAGCUUACGACCAUCAAUCUUAAAUGAACUUCAUUAUACCCACCUAGGUAUAACAAAAAUGAAACAGCUGGCCCGCCGCUACGUCUACUGGCCCAGUAUCGACAAAGAAAUAGAACGUAUUGUCAGAGGAUGUGAAAAAUGUGCUCUCACUUGUCACAGCCCUCCCAAAGUUCCAAAAUUCAUCGCUCCAGGGCAUCCGGCAACAAACGGUUUAGCCGAGAGAUCAAUCCAAACACUAAAGAAUCGCCUGAAAGCAGUCUCAACUGACCAAACUCCAAUCCAAACCAAAAUUCAAAAUAUUUUACAAAGGUACAGAGCAACACCGCUAGCUUGUGGUCAGUCCCCGGCGGAACUCUACCUGCACAGAAAAAUAAGGAUAAGACUAAAUGCCAUUUUCCCGUACAAACCUCAACCUUCAACUACACAGUCUUCACCUGCACGUUCACUAUAUGUGGGGGAGAGGGUACAGGUCAAACUUUUCAUCAAUAAUAAAAACAUAUGGCAGUUUGGUCAAGUAAAGAAGAGGCUUGGGAAAAUACACUAUCUCGUAGUUCUCGACUCAUCUGAUAGAAUCCUGAAGAGGCACAUCAAUCAACUACGCCCAACGCUGGUACAGAGUCCAAAAACUAAAAAUGUUACAUUCGGACCAACGCAGUUGUUUGAUGUUCCCAGAAUUCCAAGACGACCAGAAAUACAUAGGAAUCCAGAUCCAGUUGCAGCUCCAGAACCAAGGCAACCAGAAGAACAAUCUCCAGCAGAAAGAGCUCAAGCUGAGAAUGUCAUACCACAACGUGAGCAAGCUGAUAAUACCAACGCCAGACCACAGCGUAAGCGUCACAUGCCCUCAAGAUUUAGAGACUACCAGAUUUGA